AUUGGGAUUGAUCUUGGUACGGUAAAUUCAUGCAUGGCUAUAUAUGAUGGCAAAAAAGUGAAGAUUUUGGAAACUCGUGAUGGGGCAACUACGCCUUCCUUUGUGUUUUUUGAUCCCAAAUCAAAAGAUGUAGUCGUGGGUGAAUCUGGCAUAACCGUUAAGCGUGAAUUUGAAAAUGGCUUGUACGAUUCAAAGAGGUUUAUUGGCCGACAAUUUAAUGACAAAAUUGUGCAGUCCAUCUACAAGAAGUAUCCGUUCAAAGUAAUAUCGGAAGGUAACGAUAUCAAAUUUGAAAUCACCAAACAAAGUAAGAAGACAUGCAUAACCCCCCAAGAAGUUAGUGCAGAAAUACUCAAAUAUUUUGUCAAUCGUUUAAAAUCCGACUACGACUUUGAACAUUUAAAAGCUGUGAUCACAGUUCCAGCAUAUUUCAAUAAUAAUCAAAGAAGUGCAACUAUGGAAGCUGCCAAAUUAGCAGGCAUAGAUGUAAUUAGGCUUCUGAGUGAACCUACUGCGGCAUCGAUUUAUUAUCUUUAUUCCCUUGGCGAAUUUCAAAAGACCGUUAUGGUAUUUGAUUUUGGUGGUGGCACUUUCGAUGUGUCAAUAGUAAAAACUGCGAAAAAUGAUAUUUGUGUCAAAUGUAUUGACGGUCAUGAAUGUUUGGGAGGAAGGAACUUGGAUGAUUUAAUAUUUGAUCAUUUUAUUAAAGAGUUUAAGGCGAAAGGAGUUGAACUUACAGAUAAUGAACGAAGACGAUUGAAGCCAUCUUGUGAACAACUUAAGAAAAAACUUAGCAAACAAACGAUUGCGCAAGUGAAUGUUGAGUCAUUUACCGAUGAUUAUGAUAUAACGCUUAAACUUAGCAGAGAACAAUUCGAUGUAAUUACCGCUUCUUUGAUGGAAAAAUGUAUUGAUAUAGUUGAUAGAUGUCUUAGUCAAAAUAAACUGAGAAAGAAAGAUAUAGAUGAAAUAGUUUUGAUUGGAGGAUCAACAAAAAUUCCGAAAAUUCAACAAAUGCUCUCCCAAUAUUUUGAUGGAAUGGAGAUAAAGAAGAUAUUAGACCCGGCUACAGCUGUAGCAGCUGGUGCUUCUAUUGAAGCCUAUAAUUUGCAUUAUAUGAAGCUUCGCAAUCUUAACAAAAAAUUACCCACUAUUGAUACAGGGCACCAGCUUAAAAGUUACAUAAAUGUAAGUGAUGUCACUUCGUUUUCAAUUGGAAUGGAAGUCAUGUUUAACGGAAUGUUUUGGGUGAUAAACAGAAAUACACCAAUACCAACAGAGGGUACUUUUAAAUUUUUAACAUCGGCCAAUAAUCAGAAGACAGCUGAACUCGAUAUCUACGAAGGUCGAUGGAAUUACAGUUUGGCUAACAAUUUAUUGGGAAAAAUAACAAUUGACGAUUUACCAAGGAAACCAAGGGGGGAGGUAGCAAUAACAAUAUUUGUCAGUGUGGAUGAAAAUAACAUUUUAUCUGUAACCGGAGAAGUGGAAUCAACUGGUGUAAAAAAGAACAUAAAAAUAUCUCUGAGUAAUAAUAAUUUCGCUCCGAAAAUAAGCGAAUGGGAUGAUUUAAAGGAUUUGUUAUUUGAAAAAAUUCGUUUAAUAAAAUGCAUAGCUCAAUUUGCUUGUGAUGAUUAUAUUACAAAAUAUCAAAAUAACUCAGUUUCUAGAUGCAUUGAUUUCUUAAAUAAACUUAAGAAUGUAUCGAAUACAGAUAUAAAUGAAUUAAAAAGAUGUAUUUCAGACUUCUUGGGAGAAAUGAAAUCUAUUAAUAAUAAUAAGCUAAUAAUAGCGUUCACCCCUAUCUUAAAUCUUAUUAAUUCAGACAUAGAUUCUGUACAUAGUUAUUUUAAUUCACUCAAACAUUGAAAAUAUAAGAUUAUAAUUAUAGG